AUGCAGUUCUUACUCCCUGUCACUCUUUCUCUUGCGGGAAUUGCAAUUGCAACUUCUUGUAACGCAGACAAUUGUGCCCGAGCCGUUACUGGUACCGCCAAAGGAGCAGCUCAAGUCGCGAGUGCAAAGGCAGAUUGUGCUGCUUUCCUGGCAACCACCGUCACGCCUUCAGCUACCACCGUCUUCAUUACCACGACAAUCACUCCAGCUCCAACUGUUAUUGCGAAGCGCGCUGCUACCGUUCCAGUUUACGCCAGUGCCUGUUCGGGAACCGUCAGAUAUUCCAGCGCCUGUUCCUGCUUUGGUGUUGUACCAAGCACUUUCACAGCACCUACACCUACCGUGACCAGCAUCGUAACCGCCACCGCAACCCCACCAACCUGCCCAGGCUCGACCUGUGACGCGGGCAUCGAGAAUUGCCAAAACAACGAGAACUGUUACUGUUUCACGGGCGCUUCCACUUCUGGCUUCUGUGGUGCCAAUGCUAUUUGCGCCUCUCUCAAGCCGUGUGCGACCGACGUGGAGUGUGGAGGUAGCAGCAUCUGUGCGAUCGGUUCGUGCUGCGUUACCGACGAGAGCGUGCUGCCGGGUGUAUGUCUGACUGCGACUUGUGACAAUCCGUCGGCGAAGUUGAGAUUUGCUGCGAGGGCUCGGAGAGCUGUGGGAGGGACGGCCGCUUACAGAUGA